AUGAACUCCGACGAAACAAACUCCGACAGAAUUGGGACGGUGCACAUCUGUCCGCCUCCCCCUUUGUCUUUUGACGCCAACGGUAUCCUCUACUACCGGUCUACAACUUGGACACAAUCCAUUAUCCUGCUCAACCUCAGGACCCGACAUGAUCCAUACAAACUGCAAGACAGGCAAGCAGGUGGCUGGACCGGUCACCGCUGGGCGCGUCUUCUCGACGUUCGUCCUGGAAGCACUCGUCCUUACUUUCGCCACCACUCCGCUUGUGAGUCGUGGUCUUCUUCUACCCACCCGAGUUCCGUGUCCGAAUCGUCACCGCGAAUACGCACCAAAAGCACCACCACCAUGGAGGCAAAGGUCUUAGGUCACGACAUUAAGAAGCCCGGAGCGCCCAAGGAGAAUCGCGAAUAUGAAACCCGGCUCACAGUCAUACUCAAUAAAUUCGAGCAUCUGGGAAGUAUCAUGGCGCUCGUCCAGUUGGCAGUUGGUCAACCCUCCUCCGCCUCCGUAUUCAGAGGACCAGUUGAAGAAGAGGCCGUCUAUUGGUAG